CUAUUCUUCAUCGCUCGUGUUGAAUUAACACAUACAGAGGAGAGUCACAACACAAAUCCGAAGAAGCCGGAGAGUGAAAAAAAAUGGCAGCGACGACUCUUUCCAUCGCAACCACAAUCCGCUCCUCCUCUCACCUCACUCCCGCUUCUCCCCAUGUCUUCCCUUCCCGACCAAACACAACCGCAUUUCCCUUUCGCCUCGGUUCAUCUUCUCCGACACUAACCCACCGUGCAACCCACCUCCGUCCCAUAUCCGCCGUCGAGGCCCCGGAGAAAAUCGAGAAGAUCGGAUCCGAAAUCUCGUCCCUCACUCUCGAAGAAGCACGCAUCCUCGUCGACUACCUCCAGGACAAGUUCGGCGUCUCGCCGCUCUCCUUAGCUCCCGCUGCAGCGGCUGUGGCUGCUCCGGGAGACGGUGGCGGUGCGGCGGCUGCGGUGGAGGAGCAGACGGAGUUCGAUGUGGUCAUCAACGAAGUCCCGAGCAAUGCGCGUAUCGCGGUGAUCAAAGCGGUUAGGGCUUUGACUAGCUUGGCGUUGAAGGAAGCGAAGGAGCUUAUCGAAGGGUUGCCGAAGAGGUUUAAAGAAGGUGUGACGAAGGAUGAAGCUGAAGAAGCUAAGAAGCAGCUUGAAGAAGCUGGCGCUAAGGUUUCCAUUGCUUAAAGUGUUUUGUUUUUUUGUUUCUUGAAGUUGUGUAUGAUUUGUUCCUUGUUGUGUUGUUUUAGAAUGUAGUUUGUGUCUGAGAUUAUUGAUUCAGCUCUGAUAAAUAUAUAUUAAUGUGAAUCAAUUUGCGUUUCUUAUAA